ACAAGGUAAAGCUUCAAUCUUUCCCACUGACAUUUCUGGUCUUUGGAAUUUUUUUUUUUCACUGCUUGGGUAUUGUCUGUAGGUUAGAGAUCCCUACAAAGAUCCAAAGCAGGGAAAUUUCCAGUCAAUGCUGGUCGAGAUCUGACUUUUUUCCCUUCAAUGUCGCUCUGAAUCCCCUAAAUUUCGCCCAUCAGGUGAAUAAAGCGUGAGGUGGGGAAGAUGGGAUCUGGUUUAAACGACACAUUAUCUCGGAACUACAAUGGUUUGGAGCUAUGGGAGAUAAUCGUGAUUGUUCUCUCCGCGAUUUUCGUUGUAGUUUUAGCUAUAUCUCUAUGGCUUACUUUCAGAAGAAAAGCAUCUAGAUCAUCUUCUAAUCAAAUCCCUGUUAGCCGCCAGAUUCCUCCUAGUGUCCCUGAAGAGAUUAAAGAGAUUAGAGUCGACGAGGUUUCCUCGAGCAAUGGAGGCAAUGGAUAUCCCUCUAUUAGUGAGAAGUUUGGGGAUAAAGAACCUGAAAAGGGAAUCAUAGCAGAUUCAGAGAAUGGUGAUAGUAGCCGGUCUGGCUCGUUUAAUCACUUGGAGAAGAAAGAUGGAUCGAGCGUAUCUUCUGCUAAUCCUUUGACAGCUCCAUCUCCUUUGUCUGGUCUUCCAGAGUUUUCUCACCUCGGAUGGGGGCAUUGGUUCACUCUUAGAGAUCUUCAGAUGGCUACAAAUCAGUUCUCGAGAGAUAAUAUAAUCGGUGAUGGCGGAUAUGGGGUUGUUUACCGUGGUAACCUUGUUAAUGGCACUCCUGUUGCUGUUAAAAAGUUGCUAAACAAUCUAGGGCAAGCUGACAAAGACUUCAGAGUAGAAGUUGAGGCUAUUGGUCACGUACGCCACAAAAACUUGGUCCGGCUUCUCGGAUAUUGCAUGGAAGGAACGCAGAGGAUGCUGGUGUAUGAGUAUGUGAACAAUGGAAAUCUGGAGCAAUGGCUUCGUGGAGACAAUCAAAACCACGAGUAUCUGACAUGGGAGGCACGUUUGAAAAUUCUUAUUGGAACAGCCAAAGCGCUUGCGUACCUUCACGAGGCGAUUGAGCCAAAAGUGGUGCACAGAGACAUAAAGUCUAGCAACAUUCUGAUUGAUGACAAAUUCAAUUCUAAAAUUUCUGACUUUGGACUUGCGAAAUUGCUUGGCGCUGAUAAAAGCUUUAUAACUACUAGAGUAAUGGGUACCUUUGGGUAUGUAGCUCCAGAGUAUGCGAAUUCUGGUCUUCUGAAUGAGAAAAGUGAUGUAUACAGCUUUGGGGUUGUGCUCUUGGAAGCUAUAACUGGUAGAUAUCCAGUAGACUAUGCUCGCCCACCACCCGAGGUACAUUUGGUGGAAUGGCUGAAGAUGAUGGUUCAACAAAGACGAUCAGAAGAAGUGAUUGACCCAAACCUCGACACAAAACCAUCUACAAGUGCCUUAAAAAGAACACUCUUGACUGCUUUAAGAUGUGUUGAUCCCAUGUCUGAGAAACGACCAAGGAUGAGCCAAGUUGCCCGUAUGCUUGAAUCCGAGGAAUACCCAAUCCCUAGAGAGGAUAGAAGAAGACGAAGGAGUCAGAACGGGACAACAAGAGAUUCAGAUCCUCCUAGGAACAGCACAGACACUGAUAAAAGUGAGUGCCAUGACCAAAAGGUUGAAGCUGGAUAGCAUUGGAAAUAACCGAGGUGUAAAUUGUCGUCAAGUUUUGGAGCUUUAUGUGAAGCAAGUGCUUGUUCUUCUCCAGAUCUUCUGUAUUAUGUGAUAUAUCUUCCCUUUUUUUCUUUGGUAAUAAGGAGAGAGUGAGAGAGAGUUCAUCGUUUUUUUUAAGAAAGAUGGUUUUAGUUUGUUUUCAUCGCAUCAUCUGCUUGUAUAGUAUUUGUUUGUUUGUUGUAUAAUCGUAUGCUUCUCUACGUUUUGCAAUGUAGGUUGUUUUUGGACUAAAAAACGCCAGGUUUUGUAGGCUAUGCUAAGUCUUUGAGAAAAA